AGACGCCCCGCACACACCAAUCAGAUGCUUUGUUUAAGCGCUGCUAUGGCAACCAGGCAGCACUCGAUAAGUGAUGCUCAGUGAGUUCACCUGCGAGUCGAAACCCGACGACAGCGACGCAAAAGACUAACCAAAUGAUAAAAAUGUGUGACUACUCGAUUUAUUGACAUUACAGUCACCGAGCGGAAUGUCCGGAGGUGCUGCCUUGCGUUAGCUAGCAAGCGAAGCGAAGUGUCGCCUGCGUCGAUACCAAUGGACGCCAAUUCGUUAUCCUACUUCCUGGAGCUGGUAGCCGGGAGCGGGUGCAUUUUGAACUCGGAGCAAAGAGCAGCUCUGCAAACGUCACUGAUUAUUUUGAAAAAGAACUACAAAUUCAACCGGGUGUUGUUUUGGGGCAAAAUACUCGGAUUAAAAGAGCAUUACUUUAUCGCUCAAGGGAGAAGGGGCGAUGAGCUGAAGGACACGCAGCAUUUCUACAGCUUCAACUGCAUCGAAUGGUUCCUGAUCCCCUCCACCACGACUGAAAUGAUCGAGGACGUUUCCAAAACCGCCAAGGGCCGAUUCGAAGGUGACCCGUCUUUUGUGUACGAGCAAAAGCAAGGAGACAAAUUUGACGCUUCAGCCGAGGAGUCAACUAAGAAAGUGACCGAGGAAACCAGGCUCGCCGUGACAGUUCACCUCAUCAACGAGGAAGCAUCGGUGGUACCGCGGGGCGCCUUCAUCAAUACCACGCACGGGGUGGUCCAGAUCAAUCGAAGCUUUGGCGGUCUUUCUUACUUUCAAGCCGGGAAACUGGAACACUUUCUUCACUUUACUCAACCUAAGCACCUGAAGAAGAAGACCCUCCUGGAGAUGGCCGAUUUGAACCCCGCCUUGGACUUCCUGGAUCCGCUGAGUGAGGACAUUCCAAAAGGAUCAUGGAGUCUUCAGUUUGAAGGUGCCAACAAAGUGUGCGUGAUUCGCAGCCUGCUGUGGUUGGGCCUGACCUUCUACCACGUGACCAUGACGCCGCUGCACGGAUGCGUCUACAUCGGAUAUGGAACCAAGAACUUGGACCUACCCUUCAUGCUUUAAAAAGAAGUUUAUUUUAAAGGGAUAAACCUUUUUGUUUCAUUCAGUUUGCACGCAUGCAGAAAAAAAAAUCUGAAUAGUAUCACUUUUAGUUCUCUCUAGGGGCUU